AUGGAUAAGCAAUAUGAAGAUAAUGAAGAAGAUAAAAUACUCCCUGGUACAUUAAUUCUUUCGAGUGAAAAAUCUUCCUCUCAUCAACAAUCUCUUCGUCGACGGCAGUCACUUGGUUCUACUUCAGCAUCAUUAGUGGAACUUCACAUUCAUCUUGAUGGUUCUUUUCGACAUUCGACAUUAUUUGAAUUAGCUCAAAAGAAGGGUAUUCAACUUCCUAAUGGAAUGGAAUCAACAUUAGAAAACUUUUUACCAUAUAUUUGUAUACAAUCAGUUUGCAAAUCGCUUGUUGAAUUUCUUGAAAAAUUUCCUUUUUUUACACCAAUUGUUGCCGGUGAUAUUGAAGCACUCGAACGUGUUGCAUAUGAAUUCGUUGAAGAUCAAGCGAUACAAGGUAUACUUUAUACUGAAGCUCGUUAUAGUCCGCAUUAUUUAACAGCUAAUAAGCUUAGACCAGAGGAUGUAAUUGAAGCAAUUAAUCGUGGUCUUCAACGUGGAAUGAAAGAGUUUCAUAUCGAUGUUCGAACAAUAUUAUGUUGUAUACGACAAAAUCCUGAAUGGUCAAUGGAAACUGUGAAUUUAGCUGAUAAAUAUCGUUCAGCAGGUGUUGUUGCUAUUGAUCUUGCUGGUGAUGAACAUAAUUAUCCUAUUGAUCCACACAUUCCAGCGUUUAAGCGUGCAGUUGAACUUAAUAUACAUCGUACAGUACAUGCUGGUGAAACAGGUUCAGCUGAAUCUGUUCGUCAGGCAAUCGAAUUAUGUCAUGCUGAACGUAUUGGUCAUGGUUAUGCUAUUGUUGAUGAUCCAUCAGUAUAUGAUUUAAUCCGUCUUAAUGAUAUUCAUCUUGAAUGUUGUUUAACAUCAUCCAUUCAGACGAAUGCUAUUGCAAAAUAUAUUCCAAAAGAUAGUGAAAAAGAAGAAAAACAUAUUAUGUUACAUGGUCAUGAAACAACAACAAGAUUACAUGUCCACAUAAAAUCAAAAAAGGAAGUUUGGCAUCCAGUACAUCAUUUUGCUCGUGAUUGCUUAAAUUUUUCAUUAUCAUGUGAUGAUCCAUCGGUAUCACAAAUAACAAUUGAACACGAAUAUCAACAUGCAUUAUCUGAUUUAAAAUUAUCACCAGCACAGUUAACUCGAUGUAUUUUUAAUGCAGCACGUUCAACAUUUUUAAAUGAUGACGAAAAACAAUUAUUAAUUCAACGUUUACUCACUAAAUACAUUCCAGGAGAACUUAUGAAAGAUAGUUUUCGUGAUAAUAUGAUGUCAAAUUCGACAUUGUCAGAAAAUAUUUAA